AUGAGUCUUAAGACCUUUUGGAGAGACUACAAAGUUCUUCUUGUUAUGAUACCUUCUAUCGGACUGAUUCACAUAGGGUGGAAGAGCAUUAAGAGUAAUCCAAUUUUCCAAACUGCUAAUGCUAAUGAGGACAGUAUUCCAGAACCUGGAAUUGUGGCACAUAUGAUUCCCCAGAAGAACCAAAACCAAGUCAAAUAGCAAUCAUGCAUUGCUUAGAAGGAAGUAUCUUACCAAAAGAAUUGUCUUUGAAACUUAAAUUUCGUUUUGGCACAAGAAAAAGAGAUGAAACAAACCAGCUGGAUUAGAAAGAACUGGCUCCUUGUAGCUGGAUUAACUUUUAUAGGUGUCCAUCUUGGCACAUAUUUUAUACAGGUAGCUGCAAAACACUCUGCCAAAUCUCAAUCGGGAUCCAAAGAAAAGAAUAUCAAAGAAAUGAAGUAAAAGCAUUUGUGGAAUUAUUGAUGUAUGUUGUUCAAUCAGCAACAAAAGCAUAAACUGUUUAAAAUUUCAUGGCCGGUGUGCCACAUGUUCUGACAUAUCCUUGAUGGGUUAAUUGUAAAACUUUAAAACAUCUGAAAAUAUAUUAUCUGAAAAGAUCAUUAAGAAAAUAAAAUUUAUCUUUACCAUUUAUAUGUAGCCUUGAAGUAAGAUGUCUCGUGUUAAAGCUAAAACACCUUCAUUAUGUACCUGUGAACUGCUGACAAAAGAAAUAGUUAGUAAAUCUCUUUCUGGCUUAAGAGAAAUUGUAGCAUCUUGCUAUGGCCCUUCUGGUAGACUGAAGCAACUGCACAAUGGUGUUGGAGGUUCAAUUUGUACAACAUCAUCAUCAUCAUUAUUGUUUAAUAACCUUUCUGUCACCCAUCCUAUAUUAAAGAUUUUGACAACCUCUGUGCAAAAUCAUGUAUCACAUUUUAGUGACUGUGGCUUAUUUACAGCCAUUCUUUGCUGUCACUUGAUUGAAAAUUUUCAGAGAUUAAACUUGUCAUCUGCUACCGUUAUUAAAGUGAGUAACCAUC